GGCCAGUCUUUUAUUUAUACGUGAGCGCAGGGCAGCCCCAGCUUUAGCGGUCUGUGACUGGAACUCCUGUGUGUGCGACACUGAGGCUUGCCUGGGGACACGCUUCUUAUAUGAAGCAAUGCAUUUCUGACAUGAAAAGGGUUGUUCCAGACAUUGUAAGUCUAUGUGAAGCAUCCCAAGACAGAUGUCAUUAUAACAGUGGGAUCUCCUGUGCCAAUCAAUCUGCUUUAUCCACCCGUCAUCACUUUAUCAAGAGUAAUGAAGCUUCGCUCAGAGUGUCUGCCAAAAAGUGAGAAUGGAACCAUCCUGUAUACUCUGAGUCAACUGCCAGAUUUCCCACCAUGCAAAGAUCAGGAUUACAGCCAUGAAGAUUUACUGCAAAUAGCAGAAACGUUCUUAAAAUCAAGAAUUAAGGAAGGCGAUGUCCAAGCAAAUUUCUUUCUGGGGCAGCUUUUUUUUGAAGAGGGUUGGUAUGAAGAUGCCUUGUUGCAGUUUGAGAAAGUAAAAGAGGAAGAUGAUCAAGCUUUGUAUCAGGCUGGAGUGAUGUACUACGAUGGGCUGGGAACUCAGGAAGACCAUAGGAAAGGAGUAAGGUAUAUGGAAAGAAUCGUCACAUCAGACAGUCCCAGUGUAAAACACCUCAAAUAUGCUGCCGCCUAUAAUUUGGGCCGUGCGUAUUUUGAAGGUUAUGGGGUUCGCCAUUCUGACAGAGACGCAGAAAGGUGGUGGCUGUUUGCUGCUGAUAAUGGAAAUCCAAAGGCAAGCCUGAAGGCCCAGAGCAUGCUGGGAAUGUAUUAUUCAAGUCCUCCUAAUGUGGAUCUGCACAAGGCAUUUUUCUGGCAUUCCGAGGCUUGUGGCAAUGGCAGCUUGGAGUCACAAGGAGCACUUGGUGUUAUGUACCUGUAUGGGCAGGGAAUAAAAAAAAAUGUGCAGGCUGCCAUGGAGUGUUUGAAGGAAGCAGCAGAGCGUGGAAAUGUUUAUGCACAGGGGCAUCUGGUCAGCUGCUACUAUCAGAGGAAACUCUACACAAAGGCUGUGGAGCUAGCCAAGAAGAUUGUAGCACAUGACAAUAUUGAACUGCUAGUAAAUGCAACCGAGUGCCUCCCUUCAUACACAGUCAAAGGGGUAGCCAUGGCCACGUUCUACUUGGCUAGGUGUCUCCAUCUUGGACUUGCUAUUGAACAAGAUAGCACAGCUGCUAAGCAGUUAUAUUCAAAGGCAGCCCAGCUGGAUGCAACCGUUGCUGCUGAGCUGCACUUUGAGAUGGUUUACGGCAAGAUAUAGUUUGAUUUCAGCGCAUUGUGAAUGCAGUUUUCAGGUGCCAAACCUACACUGGUAUAAUCUGUCUACCCACCACACAAAGUUUAGGUAUAAUUAAAGGUUGAUGCAUUGCAUUUAAAUAUCUAGGUAUUAGGUAAAUGGGCAAAUUUGUACUUUCCUACUUUGAGCAGAGUCCAGGCACAUUUGUCAGCCAUUAGCCUGUUCAGCAGGAGCUCCUGGCCGCUUUCCUUUAAGCCAGUUCUCCACUGAUUCCAAAGUGAGCAAUGGCUGGAAGUUUGGGCGAUUGCAAACUUAAUUGGCCAUAUUCAGGACACGGGCUGCGGGUAGUGACAGGGCAACAGUCUGACAUAUUUAAUAGCUACACUUAUAUUAUUGAUGUGUAGUCAUGUAGCACAGAAGCUAUAAAUGCACAUGGAGAUAGCAGCUGGGGGGCCACAGCUGAGACAAAAUACAUAAAGCAAAUCUAAAGCUGGAAACCCAGUUAGAUCAUCUAUUUUAGUGUCAAUAAAGAUACCAGUUGGCUGUGCCACUGAAUAGAGUUAAACCUAUGGUGAAAAUACAUGGCAUAACCAUAAGCAUAUGCUGCUCUCCUAUAUACAUCCAGCGGCCCACACCCACACUGUGAUAUGGAAGUGGAGCCCAAGCAUAAAGAUGUCCAUAUUUAAUUUAUUGCUUACAAAUAGUUUAAAUAAUGGGCAGUCUUUGGUAAAAAUAAAAUCCAGAAUAAAAUAUUCACAAGUAACAUUACAGAGAGUAUUGCACAAAACAUUCUUCAAUACAAUGUAAAGAACAAAGGAAUGUUCGCUUCCUCGCCGAGGAAAUUAUCUGUACAACAUUCAGAGAAGUGGCAUGUCCUUUUACAUCUCACACAUCCAGGGCUUAAAUGGUCCCAGUCGGAGCUGAAGGGCUUAAAAGAGGAUCCCUGUAUUUACAGUCCAUUAGCGCUCCAUUCCUGCCCUUAAGGGAACAGUAACCCAAUUUAUUUAAAUAAAAGCGCUAACAAUGCA